GAGUGUACGCUAUGUUUAUUGUAAAUACAACCUACCACGUGGCAGGAGAAUGCUCGAUUCAAGAGCGCUGAGUGUGUGUCGUCGAGCGAAAGUAUACCGCGUCGGAUGCCGGUGUUCGCCCCGCGUAUACCGUAUAGAGGCAAGCUAGCUAGCUAGUUGGCUAUACACAAGUACUAUUGUUGUUAAUAGGAGCUAUCUGGUACUGGUCGUACAUCGCGGAUUCAUAGCCCAGCUGUCGGACACCUCUGAAAAUUUGUGCCAGUUCUUCUUAUGAUCUUCUCUUGAUUUUCAUCUCUGAAUAGCCGAAUCAUAGAUUUUCCAACAUCUAUACAGGAGCCAGAGGAUUUGAAGGUAGAGUGUAGUUGAGCUGUUAGUAUCUGAAAGCAAACAACAGGAAUAUUCCAGAUUACUUUUCAAUCAACGUUCUACAUAUAUCUCAUUACCAUGGAGAUGAAAGAGAAGAAAGAACUAAACGGAGAUCCCGAGAAAACCGCUGACGAUGCCGUCAGCAAUGAGAAAGUUGGACUCAAGCAAGAGGUCGGCUUGUUGAGUGGUGUAGCACUGAUCGUUGGUUCUAUGAUUGGCUCAGGAAUCUUUGUAUCACCCAAAGGCAUCCUUCGUGAGACACAGAGCGUUGGAAUGAGCAUGAUCAUAUGGCUCCUCUGUGCCGUGCUUGCUAUGACAGGUGCGCUAUCAUAUGCUGAGCUGGGAACCCUAAUUCACAAGUCCGGAGCCGAGCAUGCCUACCUGAAUGAUAUCUGGGGUCCCAUGCCAGCGUUUAUCUUUGCUUGGACGUACACGAUUGUCAUCAAGCCAUCUAUCAUCUCCAUCGUAUCCCUCAUCACGGGAACGUACGUCGUCGAGUCGGUCAUGACCACCUGUGACGGGAACGAACAAGUCUUCCUGAUGAAGCUAUUUGCUGCACUGUCGAUAGGUCUUAUAUGCUUUAUAAACUGCUACAGUGUCAAGUGGGCCAAUGCUGUCCAAGUUAUUUUCACGGCUGCAAAGUUAAUUGCACUGGUCAUCAUUGUCAUCAUUGGUUUUGUCAGACUUUUCCAAGGACAUACAGGGUAUCUAGCCGCAAACACUGCAUUCAUUGGAUCAUCACCCAAAGCAUUCUCCUAUGGUAUAGCCUUCUAUCAGGGUCUAUGGGCUUACGAAAGCUGGAACCAUUUGAACUUUGUAUCUGAGGAACUCGUCAACCCAACAAGAAACCUGCCUCUUGCCAUCGCUAUCGGUAUUCCUCUGGUAGCACUCUUCUAUCUCCUUGUCAAUGUGGCUUACUUCACAGUGAUGUCACCUCAAGAGCUUCUGACCUCCAAUGCAGUAGCAGUGACCUUUGCUGAGCGUACGCUUGGACCCAUGGCCUUUAUCAUACCAAUCUUUGUUUGCUUCUCAACGUUCGGCUCUGCUAAUGGCAAUUUAUUUGCAUCUGGAAGAUUACCAUAUGCUGCUGGUAAAGAAGGCCAUCUUCCUCAAGUACUGGCCUUCAUUCACAUGGACAAGUACACCCCUAGCAUUUCACUUAUUACCACGAGUACCAUAGCAGUUCUGAUGUUAAUCCCUGGUGACUUUGAUACGCUAAUCAACUACUUCAGUUUUGCUACGUGGUUCUUCUACUCAGCCACGGUCUCUGGCUUACUAUAUUGGAGGUUUAAAUACCCUGAUUUAAAAAGACCCUUUAAGGUGCCUAUUAUUUGCCCCAUCAUCUUCGUCAUAGCGUCAAUUUACCUGGUGAUUGCGCCAAUCAUCAACGAGCCUUUAAUAGAGUUCCUCUAUGCCUUCCUUUUCAUCAUUGCUGGAUUGAUUUUCUAUUUUCCCUUCAUCAAGUACAGAUACUCACCUAAAUUUAUGGAUGCCUUUACGCUGCGGGUGCAGAAGCUGUUCAAAGUCGUUCCCACCGCCAAGCGAUCAUCAUCAUUGGCUAAAUGAAUCUAGCUGUGAGGUCAUCAUUGAUACCACAGACUUCAUUGGAAUGUAUUUAAAGAUAGACUGCAAUCAAAGAUGGCAGUUGGAAAUGACUGUCUAUAAAAACACCAUUUAUAAUAUACUACAUCUCAUCAGAUAUUAUGAUAUCAGCCAACAUGCAUGGUGUGCCCAAUUGUUGAAUUAUUUGUAAAUAAACUUAUAUACUCAUCCUUCUGGGUUGAGCCACUAGUCAAUUUAACCACUUAAUUAACUUUAAGAAGAUUUUAUUUAUUUUUACAAGAAGGAGAAGAGUAUUAGAUUAUGAAUUAGAAGUGAAUAUAAUUGAUGAGAAAUCUGGCUUGAAAGAGAAUGAUUGAAGUAGGCCCAUCAUCAGUGCAUCAAUUGAUGGUCGUUAACAUGGCAUUGCGUGUCAGAGAGUCCUUCAAGAGAUCUUCAAGAACUUCCCGUGUCGAGUUGACUUGGAUGCAUCAUGUCAGUAUUAACGAUUAUCGCUUUGGUGGAUUUCAGUGGAAACUGAACUGAGCAAGAAAUAGGCUGGUUUCAGGUUUUGUACUGAAAUUUGAUAGACCAGAUGACCGAUGACUGUAGGUCGUCUCCAACGGACCUAAUUGUAAAGAUUGAUUCCUAAACGAAGGGCACGUUGAUUUCAUUUUAAACAUUGGUCACUGAAUUACGCAACAGCAGCUCGACAGAUGAAGCUUGCAUAUUUUAACAUUGUCUACUAAAACAAGACCGUCCACUAAGAAAGCAUAUAAAGGUUACAAAAUUCAAUAGUCAAUGAGUUAGCUUCCUUUUUGCAGUAAUGGUAAAUUUAUUAAUUAAAGAAAAUAUUCAAGCUCAAGUUCCUACCAGGUCUGGUAAGGUUAGGCUAAAAACAAUACAAAUGAUUUAUUGACAUUCUAUUCUGAAGAAAAUCUUCAACAUAAUCAUUCAUGAUGUAUGUGACUAGUAAGCAAGAUUAUUACCAAAAGAUAUAUUACAUCGCUUUGGGAUUGCCUGUGAAUUGAUAUGUCAUGGGACUCUUGUGACCCGGACUAGUUCUGAUGAGAUGAGGCCUUAUAGCAGGUUACAAGAUUUUGCAAGAAAAAGAAGAAUUUGAGUAAAUAAUAUAUGUGAUAGAUGUAAGCUGUUGCAUACCAUGUGCUCUUCUUCAUGUUUCAUCUGUUUAUAUUUGUCUUCCUUUUCAAUGAGGAAAGGAGAUUUAAAGAUUUAAAGGAGAAAGUGUGACAGGUUAAAGUUUUGUAUUGUUGCUUUGGGGGGCUUUUUUGAACUUAUUUUAUUUUACUUUCCUUUCCAGUGAAUUAAAUUUCAAUUCACUUUAAAUAUCUGUGUGUGAUAUCCAAAGACCUAUUCUCCUGAAUUUCUAUUCCCCAACUCAUGAUAACCUAUAAAAUAGUAAAAAGAGGUAUUUAAAAAAAUACAGUAGGAUAUACAUGCUUGUAUGUCAUCCAACAAUAUUCUUUAUGUAUAUAUUUUCUGUUCUCGUUUUUCGAUUUUAACUCAUAAUAUAUUCCUAAGGAAUAUGUGGAACUGAUACUAGAGGUGGCAGAUAUAUAGAUAUCAUAGUAGCCUAAUGAUGAAAUAUAACAUAUAUUGUGAAAUAUAUUCUCUUCAGUUGAGACGAUAGUGUUUUAAAAUCGUUAUAGUAAGAAGGAAGUCAUCUUUACAAGACUUUGGUAUUAUUGUUCUGCCCUGUAUACCAUCAUUCAAAGAGACCAUUCAAGAAAGACCUUGAGAAAAUUUGAAAUAACAUAUUUUUUUGUAAACUUAUUUAUUAUUGAGUAAAAAUGAAUAGAAUAGUUCAUAGAUAUAAUAGGUCAUGGUUUAUUUCCAUGCCAUUUUCUUGUGCUGCAAUCAAUACUAGGCCCGGUAAGGAGAUAAUAGCCAUGUUCAGACGUAAUUUACAAGUCGGAGUAAAAAUCUAUGGCACAGCAACUAAAAUUCCAAUGAUAUUCAUGUUACUACGACCCUGAGUCCACACGAUGGUUUUGGGAAGAAACUCCGGCCAAUUCACCACAGCCUUCGUGGGGAUCACCGUGGAGGGUUUGUGUAACUUCCAGACAUCAUAGGGUUGCUAAUCUAGACAAAAAUUUGUUGACACUCCAAGAUCUUGUCUGCCCAUGCAACAUACUCUCACCAACUAAUACUAUUAGCGAGAUCAUACUGGAAAAAGUCAAGAAUAUCUUUGUUAGAGGAAGAGGUCGUGGUAAGUUCCCACGACCUUGUUAAAGUUGCCUUCAUCUGAACACGGCAAAUACUGAUAAACAAUCAGUUGAAAUUUUGUCCGUCUUUUGCCAUAGACAAAAGUUAAGCUUCACUGUACAAUAGAUACAAUAGAUUUUAUCUUUUUGUCUAACAGGGUCCUGUUUUGAGAACUAUAUAUGAAAAAUAGAUAUAUAAUAUUUGUUGUGCUGUACAUGUAGGCUUAACGUUGUUUAUAGGUCUAUGGUAUUACAUACAUGUCUUGUUUAAUUUUUGUUAACAGAUCAGAUAGCAGUAUCACGUUAUAUAGAUAUACAUUGUUUUGUAAAUAUAUUUUAAGCAUGAAAACCAUCCGUUCAUGUUUUAGUUUCAUAAAGGUAGUUAUGCGAGUGUGGUGUUGUUGAUUAUGAAUCAAUUGUUUCAAUCUAUCUUGAGGAUGUAUAUUGUACAUUACCUGAUGUAAUGUUUUACUUUCAUACAUUGAGUUUGGUAGCACAAAGCCUAGCCAUUGAUCGUAUGGUCGAGGUUUUACGAUUGAUGGUAUAUCAUGGUCAAUGCAGUAGGUGAAUGAAACUUUGUACUACAAUUAUUGUUUUCGAGGCUUUGUGAUAGGACCCCUGGUUCCUAACAGUACACUGGAAAGUCUUUUACAUCAGUGCACAUGCAUUCCCAGUCAAGAGAGGGGCAAUAUCUCCCAUCACAAUAGUUUGGUUAAGAACGACCCGAUGUGUAUGUACCCUAGUAGUCUUCAGGCUCAGACAUUUCGUUUUCAAAAAGUGCAGUAUAUAGAGUCUGAAAUAGUGAGACUCUGUUCGCUCAUUUAGUGUCGCUGGUUCUACUCUAUUAUUUGUCACAGACAGAGAGGUUGGAGUAUAGUCUUCUUUCCAGACAUGGUAAAAUGCGUUAAAGUUGCUGUUUUGGGUCUACGCCUGCAGACUAAUAACUGGGUGCAGGUGCUGCCUUUUCGGCAUGAGCGAGGUGCAUGUCGAAGGUUAGUGUACAGUAUUAAACCCAGUUAAUUUAUGUACAAUUUUCAGAAUAAUUAAUGAAUUAAAUUAGGCAAUUGUUUAUAAAUAUACAUUUAUGAAUAACUGUCAUAGAAUAUGAAAUUUUCACAACUGCAUGUAAGAUGUACAUACCGUUUAUACUACACAUUUGAGUGUUGGUUUCUCCUUUUUUUUCCAUAGCAUGAUUUGAAACAGAUGAAAUAUUCUUGUGCUACAAUAUUAGUUGUACACUGUAUAUUGUUAUAUUCAUAGGCAUUGUUGCAUUUAGAAUGAUGAAAAAGUGAAAUCUCAAUGCUUGAAUUUUUCCACCAUAUCACAUCCUACUCUACUAUGUUCAUUUUGCAGAAAAUUGGAACUGAAAUACAUUGUUUUUUUAUCAAUCAGGUAGUCUCAUACUUCCUUUUAAAUCCAGCUACCCACUUUCUGACCAAUGUUAUCUGUAAAAAGCAUUAGACAUUUGCCAAAUUUAUUUAAUCACAUUAUUAAAUAACAGCAGAAUUAUUAAUGGUCUACAUACAUAUCAGAAAAAAAGAGAGCUUUAUCCUGUUCAUCAGUCCUUCCCCAAAUCGUUCUUGAUUGAUGCGUAUGGAUCAGUGACAUUUUCCAAUUAUCUUGUGAACAAUUAUGUGGCAACACCUAUUGACAUUUGAGCAUGUCAUUUUCUUAUUACUUUUAUUAUGCAAUGAUUUGCAUUUUUCCAAUCACUUAUUUUACAAGUCAAAUCCUUUCACUUUAUUUCAUUCCGAGAUGAUAUCUCUCUGAAGCAGAGAAUAAUUCUUGAUAAGUAUAAAUCUGAAAGAAUGAUAGUUGAAGGCUUUAUUGUGCAAUACCAUUUUCCCACCAAUGAAAUCCAUUAUUUUUGUUGAGAAUUCUCAGUUUUGCGAGUAUUUAAGGAGAAAAGCACCAAAGAAAUUCCAAUGCUUGUAUUAAGAGGCAAAGCCUCUCUAAUCCUUCUAGAAUUUCCUUUUCAAAUAGUUGAUAAGUGAAAUUUUACAGUUUUUUCAUGACAUAGGAGUAAUUCUUAGCAAAAGAUAGAGUAUUCAGCCUUAAUGUUCCCCACUAUUUGCCCUUUAGAUAGUUAAUCACAAUUUCAAUUAUAUGAACUGCAAAUAUUUGUUCAAAAACAUUUUUGAGGGUCACUCUAUUAGUCAAGAUUUACUUACCAUUUAUUUUCUCAAAAGCAUGUAUUUAGCAAUCAUUUCACUCGCAUUGGCCUUCAAUAUUUCUUUUAUGAAACUCCAUGUAAAAUGUUGUAAAGGGAAAAUUGUUUUUCUACUUUGUUGUGUAUUGCUGUGAUAGGAAUAUAGUGAAUUUGUGUGAUAUCAUUCAAGUGGGUCUAUAUUACAAGACUACACUACUCAGAGUGUUGCAUUAUGGGUAAUGAACCUGGUCAGGUAUGAGUAGAAGAGGACUUGAGGUGGUGCUUUAAUACCAGGCUGCUGGUUCAUGUUAGCUUUAAAGUUACAUUGCCUGUAAUGUCUUGGUGUUACGAGGAAAUGAUUAAUGGAAAUUGUCAGUUUGGAUUCUGCGGGUGGUUUUCUUGUAUUUCCCCUUCAAUAUUUAUCUUUCAUUCUGACUUGGAAUACAAUAUACGUGACUAUUGCUUCGGUGAAUUCAUCUCUAGUGUAGAAUUCUUUUGAUUGCUAUUAAAGUACUUAUGUAUCCAAGGGAGUUAAUCACUAUUAGUUAUAAGCUACUGAAAUCCUUUAACCUGAUUGGCUGAGUUGUUAUGAUAAGUCUUUUUGAAACUACCCAGAUCAAUUGCAAGUCUUUGUAAGACAGCCUUGCAGGUGUGCUCUCCACCCCCCCCCCAACUCUUGAGAAUUUGAGAAGUAAGUUGAGUACAGUACGGUACGCUACAUUGAAGCAGAAGCAGAUGGUUUUCUACCGUAAAAGAAUGGGGGAAAUCCCUGAAGAGAAAUUUGAAAUAGAUAAAUUGUAAAAUCCAUACUUAUUCAUAUCCAUCAUGCAAAGAAUUACACGAGUGCAGAGGAAAUUGAAUGAAUAAUGAAUAAGCUUAAAAAUGUCUCUUCCUUUUUAAACAAGUAAAUUCAAUAUAGAUACUAAUUUCAAGAGGUAAAAGUUGGAAAGAAUUUUAUUAUUUCACAUUUGAGAGACUUUGUGGAGUUAAUAGGCUCAGAGACAAUGAAGUGCAAGCAGAUGGC